UCUUCUUCGUGCAAAAUCUAGGAUUGAGAAUGAAAAUAUAUUCGCUGCUUGUUUUUAGAAAUCAUAUUUUGAGUGGAUUGCCACAGUUACAGUGAAUAGUUAGAACUUAGAAGUGCUACAAAGUGACUGUUUCUUACCUUCAGGAUAUCGAUUUCAAGCACCGUAAAAGCGUCCCAUCAGGCCUAGGGGGCCUCUCGCCGUCAUGUCGUCCGUGAAGGUGGCGGUCCGAGUGCGACCCUUUAACUCACGCGAAAUCGGUCGCGAAUCGAAAUGUAUCAUUGAAAUGACCGGCAAUACAACCUGCAUCACAAACCCAAAGGUGCCACCGGGAAGCAGCGAGUCGGUCAAACGGUUCAACUACGACUACUCGUACUGGUCACAUGAUCCCCGGGAUGCCGAGUUUUCCACUCAGGAAAUGGUAUACUCAGAUAUUGGUGAAGAAAUGCUACAACAUUCGUUCGAUGGGUACAAUGUGUGCAUCUUUGCAUACGGCCAGACAGGUGCCGGCAAGUCCUACACAAUGAUGGGCAAACAAGAGGAGGGUCAGGAAGGUGUCAUACCGAUGAUCUGUAAGGAUCUCUUCCGUCGAAUACAGGAAAUUGAAACGGAAGAUUUGAAGUGUUCGGUCGAGGUGUCCUAUAUGGAGAUUUACUGCGAACGGGUUAGGGAUUUGCUAAAUCCAAAAAAUAAAGGCAAUCUUAAAGUACGUGAACAUCCGCUUCUCGGACCGUACGUGGAAGAUUUGUCGAAAUUAGCUGUCACAUCGUAUCAGGACAUUCACGAUCUGAUCGAUGAGGGUAAUAAAGCUAGAACUGUGGCGGCUACCAACAUGAACGAAACAAGCUCCCGUUCCCAUGCUGUGUUUACCAUAGUCUUCACACAGAACCUUGUCGACAAAAUGACCAGCCUUAAGACGGACAAAGUUUCUAAAAUAAGUCUGGUGGAUUUGGCUGGCUCUGAACGGGCAGACUCGACCGGUGCCAAGGGCACACGACUGAAAGAAGGCGCAAAUAUCAACAAGAGCUUGACCACCCUUGGCAAGGUCAUUUCCGCUCUGGCAGAAGUGGCAUCGAAAAGCAAAAAAUCCAAAAAGGCGGAUUUCAUACCGUAUCGUGACUCGGUCCUGACGUGGCUGCUACGUGAGAAUCUCGGAGGCAACUCGAAAACUGCUAUGAUUGCGGCGAUAUCGCCGGCCGAUAUUAACUAUGACGAAACAUUGAGCACGUUAAGAUAUGCUGACCGUGCCAAACAGAUUGUCUGCAAAGCUGUCGUUAACGAGGACGCCAACGCAAAGCUUAUUCGCGAGCUCAAGGAAGAGAUUCAGAAGCUUCGAGAGCUUCUCAAGGCAGAGGGUAUCGAAGUGCAGGAAGGACCGGACGGUAAAGUGGUUUGUGAAAAGCGAGAUGCUAAUAAGGACGAAUGCAUAAAACUGGAGAGAGGCGACGGCGGAGGUGGUGGCGGCGGUGGCGUCGGCCUCGAUGGCAGCACCAUCGAAGGUGUAAAUGCCGAUGCCGACGCUGCUAGUGUCAUGGAGAAAAAUAUGUGCUCCCCCAAUCGGUUGCGUAAGCGUACCGGAUCCAGCACCGAGAUGGCGGUUGAUCAGCUGCAGGCCAGCGAAAAACUGAUUGCCGAGCUGAAUGAAACAUGGGAGGAAAAACUGAAGCGUACCGAACAGAUUCGCGUUCAGCGGGAGGCCGUGUUCGCGGAGAUGGGAGUUGCCGUCAAGGAGGAUGGCAUCACCGUGGGCGUUUUCUCGCCGAAAAAGUCCCCGCACUUGGUGAAUUUGAACGAGGAUCCGACACUGUCGGAGUGCUUGUUAUACUAUAUUAAAGACGGUCUGACACGACUUGGUACGUCUGAGGCAAAUGUGCCUCAGGAUAUUCAGCUGUCUGGUUCCCACAUUCUGAAAGAGCAUUGCGUCUUUGAAAAUAAGGAUGGUGUUGUCACAUUAGUUCCCCAUAAGGAUGCUCUGGUUUAUCUCAACGGUAGAAAACUAAUCGAACCGGAAGUGCUGCAAACCGGAUCGCGUGUCAUACUUGGACGGAAUCACGUAUUUCGGUUCACCCAUCCGGAGCAGGCUCGUGAGAAACGUGAAAAGACCAAAGAUAAGGACAUAUGCGAAACACCAGGUACCAAUGGUGAGGUGGCUGAUUGGAACUUUGCACAGUGUGAACUGUUGGAAAAGCAGGGUAUUGAUUUAAAAGUCGAGAUGGAGAAGCGGUUGUGUGCUCUGGAGGAACAAUAUAAACGGGAAAAACGUGCAGCUGAUCAAGAGUUUGAGGAACAGCGCAAGACAUAUGAAGCUCGUAUAGACGCUCUCCAGAAGCAGGUUGAAGAACAAUCGAUGACUAUGUCGAUGUACAGCAGCUAUAGCCCAGAAGAUUUUCACCAAGAGGAAGAUAUUUUCGUUAACCCACUAUUCGAGUCCUGUUGGACGGCUCGUGAGGCUGGCUUAGCUGCAUGGGCUUUUCGUAAAUGGCGUUUCCAUCAGUUUACAUCACUACGCGAUGAUUUGUGGGGCAACGCUAUUUUCCUUAAAGAAGCUAACGCCAUAUCUGUGGAACUAAAGAAAAAGGUUCAGUUCCAAUUCACCUUAUUAACUGACACAUUAUACUCACCGCUCCCUCCGGAACUAACACCAUCUCCGUUGAUCGGAGGAGCUCUUACCAACGGCCAAGAGGAUGAGUUUGGCCAGGCACCUGUUCCGCGCACGAUCGUUGCCGUCGAGGUUACUGACACUAAAAAUGGGGCAACGCAUCACUGGAGCUUGGAGAAAUUACGGCAACGCUUGGAGUUGAUGCGUGAGAUGUAUCACAAUGAAGCUGAACUUAGCCCAACGUCACCGGACUACAACGUGGAAAGUCUAACAGGAGGUGAUCCGUUUUACGACAGAUUCCCGUGGUUCCGCAUGGUUGGCAGAUCAUUCGUGUAUUUGAGUAACCUGCUCUAUCCGGUACCACUGGUACACAAGGUUGCGAUUGUCAAUGAGCGUGGUGAUGUUCGUGGUUACCUCCGGGUCGCUGUUCAGCCUGUUAUGGAUGAGGAAAAUGCCGAUUUCAGCAACGGAGUGAAGCAAUCUGCUCGUAUUUUGUUCGAUGAGGUACAAAAUGGACAACAUAAGGUGCCGAAGAUACGUACCAUUCACGACAAGGACGAAAAGUAUAUGGAAGGCGCAAACGAUAUCAUGAAGCUGGAAGAAUUAGAACAGGAAGAUGCCGAUUCAGGUCGUGGAGACUCGAGUGUUGCAUCCGAACUACACGAAUCCAACGAGCAGGAACCAGGCGAGCAUCUACAACCGGGCAAAGAGUUUACUUUCCGUGUAACGGUUUUGCAGGCUACUGGAAUUGCGGCGGAAUAUGCAGACAUCUUCUGUCAGUUUAACUUUUUACAUCGUCACGAGGAAGCAUUUUCGACAGAACCGGUUAAAAAUUCCGGCUCUGGAGCACCACUUGGAUUUUAUCACGUGCAAAAUAUCACUGUUCCGGUCACAAAAUCGUUUAUCGAAUACUUGAAGACACAACCGAUAGUGUUCAAGGUUUUCGGCCACUAUCAGCACCAUCCAUUGCACAAGGACGCCAAGCAGGAUUGCCAGAUAACGCGACCGCCUCCGCGUCGCAUGUUGCCGCCAAGUAUUCCGAUCAGCCAACCUGUACGAAGUCCUAAAUUUGGUCCGCUGCCAUGUCCUCCGUCGUCAACUGUAUUGGCCAAGCAUGAUGUUUUGGUAUGGUUCGAAAUUUGCGAAUUGGCUCCUAACGGCGAAUAUGUCCCUGCUGUGGUUGACCACAGCGAUGAUCUUCCCUGCCGCGGUCUGUUCUUACUGCAUCAAGGCAUCCAGCGUCGUAUCAGGAUAACGAUCGUUCACGAACCGACUCCCGAGGUAAAAUGGAAGGACAUUCGGGAGCUGGUUGUGGGCCGCAUUCGCAACCAACCGGAACCGGCUGAUGAUUUGGACGAUUCAGACUCGUGUGUUUUGUCGUUGGGUCUAUUCCCAGGGGAAGUUUUGGAAGUUCCCGGCGACGAUCGUUCAUUCUUCCGCUUUGAGGCCGCCUGGGACUCUAGCUUACACAACUCUGCGCUGCUCAACCGUGUCACGCAAACUGGUGAACAGAUUUUCAUUACGCUUAGCGCGUAUUUGGAGCUCGAAAAUUGCGCCCGCCCGGCUAUCAUUACCAAGGACCUAAGCAUGAUCAUCUAUGGACGAGAUGCCCGCACAGGACCCCGCUCACUGAAGCAUCUGUUUUCGGGCCAGUACCGCAAUCCGGAAGCCAACCGGCUGUCCGGUGUAUAUGAGUUGUCGCUGCGGAGAGCUUCUGAAGCAGGUAGUCCAGGAGUACAAAGACGCCAGCGGCGUGUGUUGGAUACCAGCUCGACCUACGUGCGCGGCGAGGAAAAUCUGCAUGGAUGGCGACCUCGGGGCGAUUCACUCAUCUUUGACCAUCAGUGGGAAUUGGAGAAGCUUACCCGGCUUGAGGAGGUGGGUCGCGUCAGACAUUUGCUGAUGCUGCGUGAGCGCCUCGGUAUGGACACCACACCCAACCCGACCACCAAAACCGAGAAGGACGUGUGCAACUUGGCGCAGCGGGCGAGUGCAUCGCCGGUGCAUAUGGUCAUUCCACCAUCUCCGCAGACACCGGUCAAAGAUCAGCAGACACCGCUUAUGCCCGAGCGAGAGCUGACGCCUCGCGAAACGGAGGUGGUCUGGAAGUGUGUCAAGCUGAUUCAGGGACGUAUCGGUGGCAAGGCUGAUCUAACGUGCGACGUCAACAACCAGCUUGCAGUGGAUGCUUCGCCUGGUGACGAAGGUUGUGCCGAUAUGAAUGCUAGCUACAUAUCGGGUAAUUCCAUCGAGCUGUGUUCGCCGGAUCGAGUGGAAGUACCGAAUGGGUGGGAAGCUCCCGCUCCUGCGCCACAAACACAGGAAAUGCCGCUGCGAUUGUAUGUCCCAGAACUGGAAGAGAUUCGCGUGAGUCCGGUAGUAGCGCGCAAAGGCUAUUUGAAUGUGCUGGAGCAUGGUGGUUCGGGUUGGAAAAAACGUUGGGUUACCGUACGUCGGCCGUACGUUUUCAUCUUCCGCUCGGAUAAGGAUCCGGUCGAGAGGGCGGUGUUGAAUUUGGCAACCGCACAAGUCGAAUGCAGCGAAGAUCAGGCGGCCAUGGUGAAGGUGCCCAAUACGUUCAGUGUGGUGACGAAACAUCGAGGAUAUUUGCUGCAAACGUUGGGCGACAAGGAGGUGCAUGAUUGGUUGUAUGCAAUCAAUCCAUUACUAGCUGGCCAAAUAAGAUCUCGUCUGGCGCGGCGGAACUUAACCGGCAGCAGUAAUGGAGGUGAUACAUCGGCCGCGGCGGCUUUGAUGCUAGCCCAGGCACAGAACCAGGCCAGUAUUGGCAGCUCUGCUAAAUGAGAUACGAUUACGAUGGAGUCCGUGUUGGUGUACUAGAUGCAGGGUCUCAAUUCCAUCUCAGAAGACCGCACCAUAGCCGAAGACCGGGCAAACUUACAACAUCAUCAGCAGGUAACGAUCGGAAGGAUAACGACGGCGAUGUUGGUGUGCGACGUACGACUGGCGAAAGGGGCAGCUUGAAGGUGCUUCUUUUUGUUUACUUUCGUGAUCUCGUUUGGUUCCUUACCAAACUCGAACAAUUUUUGUUGCUAUUCGUUUUACAAUUGCUAUACGAACGCUGAAGCUGCUUCGGAGAAGCGACUGACGACUAGCAGGAAAUUUGAACACACGGAUCCAUCGGACAAGAUUAGCGAUAAACAGAACGCAAUGUAGUGGAAGUCAAACUUUACCAUGUUACUAAGUAAAUCGUGAAGGCUUAGCAUUAUUUUUUAAUGUUUGGACAACAAACAUUGACUGCUACACUGAAGUAUUUUCAGAAUUUAGAGAAAAUAUAUAUAUUUUUAUACGCUUUUAUUUUAAGCAAUUGUGUAGAUAAUUGACGCUUUCGUUUGAAGGGAAAAGCUAUAAAAUUGAUCCUUGAACAGACAGGCGAACAGAUAUUCAGGGAAACCGGAGAUGUAGAAUUCAAGUAACUAUUCCUCGGCUAGAAACAAUCUGUCUUGGUUUCAACGUUUCUAGACUUGGCCCGAAGUGGCACUUUCAGAGAAGAGCUUACUCUCGACCGCGAGGAAUUUUGAAUCGGGUAAAAUUCCUCACAAUCAUCUAACUACAAAAGUUCCCAGGUGCUCAAGACCCUCCGACGUCAAGUGAUCAAAGCGAACGAUGACAUGGAAUAUUCAGUCAAAGAGUAACCGUUUAAGUUAGAUUUUUUGCUAGUUUAUUUUCGCUUCGUUAGAACUUCAUUGGUUUUGAAAGUAACAAGUAAUGGAAUAAAUGAAACAAUAAAAUUGAUAUUAUUAAAUAGAAGUUUAAUGCAUAGAUCAAGGAACAAAUCAACCAAAAAAGCAGAAAAAAUAUUCAUCGUAUAAACAAGACAAAAAAAACUUUAAAUAGUUGUAUGUGUAUAUCUUUUCUCUACAAGCAGAUCAAACGAAGCAAACUAAAACAAAAUGCUUAUUAAACCAUUUUUAACAAUUACAAUACUCAAUAACAAAAACAACAGCAACAACCACGACAUAGUUGAAAAGCAGGCACUGGAACAAAAAUGCCGAAGGUAUCACAGAUCCACGGAAGACCUUUAAGUAUUCAGAAUCUAUUCUAUCUUGCUCUAUCUAUUUAAACUGUGGAAUACGGAAAAUGGUGCUACCGAAUAAGAAAGGAAAUAGUGUGCAAUAUCAAUCGUUUUCUGAAUUCUCGCUAUAAAAAAGCGAUGAAAUUCAGAUAGAGUGGAAAAAAUUGGUAUUAAUUUUUUAGAUUUUUGAAUUUUAACCAGACUAAACAGCGUGCCACCAGAAUUAGUUUGGAUCAGUUUUGAUUUGAUGCUUAAUUUUCCAAUGCAGACGCUUGGUUGGAAAGUAUUCAAAAAGGUGGAUAAUGCGAUCGAACUAAAGUUAUUGUGAACAUUUUUCGUAGGAAAACCAGAGAUAGUUUUUAAUGUUAAGGAAACAAAUGUUGCCAUAGCGUGUGUGACUUAGUUGUCCAACGCCAGAGGCUAAAACAAAACAGGCUUAUCGCGCGUAUGUUCGGUAGUGUCCGCGGCUAGUGCGCGGAACUAAUCAGCUUUCUCAUCUUGAAGUUUCAGUCAACGAAGGUUAUUGAAACAUAUGUCAAGAAUUCACGCAAGCGCAUUACCUGCACACAUACAAACUAGCGAUUAGAUAUGGCUUAAAUUGAAUCAUGGGUAUUUAAUUAGAAGAAAAAAUAGGCUAAUAGCAACUAGCUGCUGGUGCGCUUAGGAUUUUUCUUUGGAUCUUGUUCGAGGUUGGAAGCUAGAUUGAAACGGGAGAAUCUACAUUGUAUAGAAUCUGUAAAUAUAAUCGCUUAUUGAUUUUUACGCCGAUAGUAGAAUCUAAGUAUCGACUGUUGCUUAAUUUAAGUUAAUUGUUUUCAAACCAAAUACCCUAUUUUGGUUUAUACAUUCGGCAGCAAUAGAUGUAAAUAGUCAAAAAGGACCGGGCUUUGGAACGGAAAGGUCUACUUCAAUCGUUUUUCACCAGCCAGAGCUAGAUGCUCUACGCAAAAGCAAAACUAAUAGUAAGGUAUUGUUUUAAUCAAUAUUUUUGCUAUUGCUGCAAGCUCAUCACAAUGCCGAAAUUCCAAACAAAAAAUCGUGUAUUUAGCUAGUUACAAUCAUACAGUUGUUGCUGUUUGUUAUCGUCAGAUUAACUGUUUGAAAUCCUGACAAUAAAAAAAUUACGCUUGCGCGCAGUGCUUAGCUGCUCUUGACACAUCAGUGCAACCAUCGCGUAGAACAUUACAAAUGUUUUUGCUUCAGCGCUCUCGUUAAGAGACUUGAUAAUCGUUUCGUCUUCUCGCUGUUUCUCUUCCAUUCUUGUGGACAAAAAUAGAUGCAAUCGUUUCUGCUGUACCGACGAUUGAAGUAAUCUUCACAUUCCAAAGUAUAGGUUUAUUCGUUGGUUUUAAGUUGCUUUUAGAUUAUGUUGUCAGUAUUAAUUUUAUUGAUUUACUUGAAUGAGGCAAAUAAUACCAAAGAUUAGUUGAAAAGCAAGGAAACAACAUAAAUCAACAGGUACCGGUUAGGGCGAUAUGAAGUAGACAAAUAUGAUGUGAGUCAUGUGAAUGUAAUUUUAACAAACACUUAUAUUUCCUGAAUAAUUUGGAAAGCUUAUCGCAGCAGAGGCGAGCAAUCUUGCAUAAAGUGAUGAGGAAAUUUCACUUUUUCAAUGUUAAGAUAAAAGGAAGCUCGUUUUUUUUCUGAUAGCUUGUGACACUUCGUCUCCUCUCGAGGACGAGAGCGAGGACUUUAUUCGUAACGCGCUAUCAGAAAGAUGCUGUCGACCGGUACUACUAUCUCUCACAUUCCACUUUGAAGUUUAAGUUUUACUAUUUACUCUAAUCUGAUAAACACAUAAACUCAUCUUCUAGAUGUAUAGCAAUAGUAAGUGCUUAACAAUCCUGCUAUGAUCGGAUUGUGCUCAUCCAUUACAAGCGUUGACUUGGUCAACUACUAGCAACACGUUGCUUUCACUUGCUCGGUUGAUUUUCAUUUGUAAACAUGCAAACAAAAUCGUAACAAGCAAAUAACUGUCACACAUUCCCAGCAUGAUGUAAAAGUAUUUAUGAAUGGAAAACUUGCAUAUUUAAAUUUCUCCAGAACAAAUAAAAAUACAUUCUUGAAAGUAUUUAGAAAAGCAGACAGCAAAUCAAGUUCUAUAUUUGCAAAUAUUCGAUGCAUAUAAUCUUUAUGAUUCCAAACAGGCAGCAAAAUAUGAACAAAAGCUACGGCAUUUGCUAUGCACGGCGGGUUGACAAUUGCAAGAAGAUUGGCGAAACAAAAGAAUAGCAUUAUAUAUAAAUCAAACCAAAAAAAAAAAUAAAAAUAAAAAAGAAUUAUACCA